CAGGGUUGUUGUGAAGAUAAAGUGGGGAGCAGCAAAGGGUCAAUUUUAGUUGUGAACCUGUUGGAAUUUUCCAUCUUAAUGACAUUUGUCCACAGAGAUGGCAUCCCCAGACUCAAAUCACCCUGAAAUGACCAUUGUAGGCCCUCAUGGAACCAAUCGGUCCAUACACCAUGUUGCAUUUUCAGACUGCCAAAAUGGAUUAGGCAUUAAAAUUAUUGGAGGCUGUCAAGAUCAAUCUGAAGAAGAGUAUGGAAUUUUCAUAAAGGAGAUAUUACCUGAGAGGAUAGCUGCUACAGAUAAUCAAUUGUGUAUUGGAGAUUUGAUUUUAGAAGUCAAUGGCCAAAAAUUAUGUGGUGUAACUAAUGAAAGAGCUGUUGACAUAUUACAAAUGGCAUCGGCAACCAAUCACGUGUCUUUACUUAUUGCCAGAGAUGAAGAUGCAAAGUAA